AUGAGGCUUCGCGUACCCCAGCACAAGGCGCUAAAGGGAAAUCGCGGCGCUGUCACAACCUUCCUAAAGGGGACGUAUCAGGACUUCUGCGAGGCGUUCCCGAAGCGCGUGGAAGAAGAGAAGCUGCGCCUAGCCGCCGCGAGGGAGCGCGCUGGCGCCGCCGCCACCGCCAUAGCUGCACAACAUCAGGAAACGAGUCAGGAAGCUGGGAGCACGGUUGACGGAGCUGAAGUUGGCGCAACGGUAUCUGGCGCGGAUGAUGGUGCAGGGACAGGCGGUGCUGGAUCAGACGCCACAGCACCAGAGAAGGCGCCAAAAGAAGUGGUCAACGCGCGGAAGGCGCAAGGCAAGAAGUCGAAGGCCAACGGAGAUCCUAGUUUGCAAGAUCGCAUCACUACCUGGUUCAACAAUAAACGCGGUGUUCGCGACGAUGCUGCGGUUCAACCCCGGACGCGCGGUGCGAUGCCUGCACUCAAGUUACACCGAUGCCACCCGACAAAGCCACAGGUACUCAUGGGCGUGCUAGGCGACGAGUACAACAGCAAAGUGAAGGCCGACUAUCCGGAUUGGCUCAAGACCGUCGAGAAGGACAAGCAGAAGACGCUUAUCGGGUACCGCAACAUGCGUGCGGCGCAAGAUUGGCCGAAUCAGCCACCGAACAUCGUGGAGGAGGUCGAGAGAAUUUGGAAAAGGACGGAGAACGCGCCCAGCCCUCCCUUAGAGCUGCCUGUCACUGAGAGCGAGGAGCUUGACGACGCAGCGCGUCAGGAGGCAUUGAGGCUAGCGACUGCACAGUACUACGAGGAUAACAUCAACCAGCUCGAACCGACAUGCCACAAGAUACUUUCCGAUAUGUAUCGCCAGACCGGGCUCAUCGCCACGAUCUCCUUCGUUGGUCCUUGUCCGGGACUUGGCGGCCAGCUGACGUCAUUUGUAAUACACACAUCCAUUCCCGGGGAUCAACGGACGUUCCAAAGUUUGUAUCCCAAGUACUGCAAAAACGUCGUAGAACCCUUCAUCAAGUUUGGCCAAACUGUCUUUUCUCCGGAGGUUCAAACCGCACGCGCAUUGGUACCCGUGACAGAUCUGCGCAGUUCGACACUGAGUAGCAUGCCGCCGACGGCCGCGGCGUCCAAGGCGCCCUCCCCUGCACCCACCGGGAUGACAAUAAAAGCGGCCAAGCCAAAGAACGCUCGGCCAAACGCUACGCGUGACGACUCUUCCUCGGAGUCCGACGACGAUAUUGUUUACGAGGAUCGGGACGUUACUCCAGUUGAGGCCGAUGCCGGUGCUCAGCCCACUGUGCACGCGGAUCGCCCUCGCGGAACGCCCACCGAACGAGCACGCAAAGAGCGUAUCCUCGAAAACAAGAAGCUGAUGGAAGAGUUAGGGCUAAAGCAAGCAGCAGAGGCGUUAGCAAACUCCGUGAAAUCAUCGAGCACGAAACCGAAGGCGAGGCCUAAGCCCAAGCCCAAGCCGAUAGCGCCGACUUCUCCGCGACAGACCCGAUCCAGUAAGGAGAAGAUAUCAGGCGGAGCAAACACGACCGUGGCGCCAGACACGCAUACUGGAGACGCUCAGCUGCCUCUACCGCCAACAGCUAUGCCCGCAAUGUCACCGGCGACGGCGCCAACCUCUACGGCCGCCGGCGAGGACGAGGAUGCCGAACCAUCCUCUGCGUGCGCGAUGCCCGACGGUGGCGAUGGAAAUUUUGUGACAAAGGAGAUGGCGCUGCUGUUGUUGAAGAUGAUCGAGGAGAGUGAUGGUUGCUGGGAGACAUGGAAGGUUGUCGUGGACCAGUACGUUCAGCUCGAGCGUUGGGCGAACUUCCCUGAUGGAAACAUAAGUCCGAUGCAUUUUCGUAAGCAGAUAGAGGCUUACUACAUCGCCUAG